CGAAUCUGCCGUCCGGAAAUGGAAACAAGCUGAACCCACGUGUUCAGCUACCAGGAAAGCAGCAGCAGCAGCAGCAGCAGCAGGGAGGUUUCAGCUUAGAUUAAUCUCACAUAUAUCUGCUUUCACUGAUCUGUUUGGCUGUAUUUACACUUCACGACACCUUUCCGAGAUGUCUUCGUUCAGGAAAGCGUUGAAAUCCCGGCAGAAAAACCACCAGGAGAGAUCUCAGCCUGGGUUCAGGAAACAUUUGGGAUUGCUGGAGAAGAAGAAGGACUACAAACUUCGUGCAGAUGACUACCACAAGAAACAAAACACACUCGCUGCUCUGCGGAAGAAAGCUCUGGAGAAGAACCCGGACGAGUUUUACUUUAAGAUGAUCAACUCUCAGCUGCAGGAUGGAGCCCAUGCACCAAAGAAAGCCAAAGACGAGGUGGUGGAGGUGACGGAGGAGCAGAAGAAAAUGAUGAGGACGCAGGACAUCAAAUAUGUGGAGAUGAAAAGGGUUGCAGAGGCUAAGAAAAUUGAGAGGAUGAAAGGAGAGCUCCAUCUUCUGGAUGCAGACAGCAAACAAAAAAACAGCCACACGUUUUUUGUGGAUUCUAAAAAAGAAGUGCAGUCAUUUGACCUGGCACGCCACCUCAAAACAGCCCCUGAGCUGGUGGACCGAGUGUACAACAGACCAACUCUGGAAACUCUAGAGACUAAGAGCAUCCAGGGAGCUGUAAGGGCUCGUAGUAUGAAGACGAUGGCCAAGCAGAGGAAGCACCAGUAUACAAUCCUUUCCCAGAGGAUUGACAGAGAAAAGAAAUUGUUUGUAAUCAGCCAGAAGAUUCAGACUCGUAAGGACCUGCAGGAUAAGAACAAGAAAGUGAAGGUAAAAAAGGAGACGCCCAACGCUCCUGCUAUCUACAAGUUUGAGGCCAAGAGGAAACGGUGAGAGAGGAGAAAUCGUCAGGCCGAGAAGAGAUCACCAACAUUUCCACUGAGAUACUGGUGAAAUAAUGGACUUCACACCUAGACCAUACACAUGGAAUAACUUUCUUUCCCUCAAAUAUAAAUGCAGACGUGCAGUUUUGUACAUAUUUAAGACUUUUUUGGUUUCUAUCAAAUAAAUAUCAGAAGAACAUGAA